AUGCGCAGUGGACCGCUUCUCUCGCUCGAGUCGGGGCCUAGUUCAGUCGUAGCUCGCUCGUCGAGGGCACUCGACCUUUCAGCGAUACCACUAUCGGCGCAUUUCACUCGGAGUGACGCGCACCGCACUAGGGCAAACAACAAACAACCGGCGAGGAUCUUCGUCUCAAUCUCGUUCUGCUGCCAGUUGACGGAGACGAUGGCGAAGAGCGCAAGUAGGUACAUAGGUAAGGAGCUCAAUCAAAAGUUG